GGCACUCUUCCCGCCAGCCAGCCGGGGAUUAAAUUUCAGCUGACGCAGCAUGCACAGAACCCCGUAUAUAAGAUCUUCCACGUUAAAUACAAUUCCGGAAAACAAAUCAGUGUAAUUUAAAACGUGAUAAACACUAAGAAUAACAGUAAUAUAUAUAAAUAUGACGAAAUAAACAUUAAUAGUUUGUAAAGUGUUCGAUCAGCGGCAACUCUCCCGCACGUUCCUCCGCCGCCUGCUGCAUGUGCUUACCCGCCACGGAUAAUGUGGGUCUGUUUUGUUACUGGCCUCCAAGGGCAGGUGCUGCAGCCAAGGUGAAAAAGGAAGAAAUCCCAGAUAAAGAAAAAUGGAAUUCAUACGAGAUAAGGAUUUUUUCAUCUGCAGAAACCUACAGCAAGGCCCAGGAACUGUCCAGGAGAGCAGAGGUUACGUCAAAUGUUGAAACAGAACCUGAAGGUCCAAAAAGCAGAGUUACCAAAAAGCCUGCUAGAUAUGACUUCUCAGAUGAAGCUGAUGAUGAAGGCGAUAAUCCUGAGUUCUCCCACACUCCAUCUGUAGCUGUUCUGCCACAAUCUCCUCACCUAAAUGUUGGACUUUCCAAAACAAGCUCGCAUCAUACCAAAAACUCAGUUGUUCAUGAAAGAUUUUCCUCCCCAGAAUGGUCUGAUGCAUCCUUCAAAACCAGAUCCUCAUCACGGUCCUCAGAAAUAAUACAUGUUAACGCACAAGAUUUGAAAAAAAAAUACACAUCAGCUUCAUCAGACCGAGGUGCAACAGAACUUGUACCUGUUUCACAGACAGAGUUUGCAGAGUUCAAGAGCGCUGUAAUGGCAAACUUCAAGACAAUCCAGGAAAACCAGCGGCUGAUGUUAAGCUGCCUACAGUCUUCUUCCAGUGGGCUAGGGAUGAUGUGGAGGAUGUACUGCCAGCUCCAGUAAGCAGCUUGGAGGAACUGGAUGACCUAAACUCUAAAUUGGCUGAUCAAUCUUUCAAAAGGAAUUUGCCUCAAAGGAAAGAAAGGGAAGCUACCAUUUAGUGAUCUUCCCAUCUGCAAAGUUAUCAUCAGAGCAUGCAUGAGAACCUACAAAGAAGCAAAAACCUCUGCAGUGGAGCAUCAAAUUAGUGAGGCCCUGAAGCAUGCUCCUAAGAGGAAAGGUGGCCAAAAAUACAAGGU